AGUGAUAACAUAUUGAAUUGAAAGAGCUCUUUAACAUGUUUAAGAAAGAAAAUGACUUAACAAAAUUUUUUUUUGACGAAAACGACAAACUUUACGUCAAUAUGACGGAGGACAUUAACCAAUCACAUGACAAAAUGAGGUUGGAAGGGAGGGAACUAGAUAACUUUGUAAAAGAUUCGCAAUCGCAAUUGGAAGAGCCGAAAUCUGCUGACAUGCCAAGAGAAUUCUUAUAUGAAACACUGAAGAAAGUAAGAAAUCAAAACAGAGAAGAGAAAGAAAGGCGUAAGAAGGAAACGAAAAGACUUAAAGAAGUUCAAAAAGAAAGGGAACAUUACUUUGCUAAUUUAGAAAAAGAUUUCAGAGAGUUACAAGAAAACUAUGAAAAGUUACUCAGUGAAAGGAAGGAAAACAGACUCAAUCUGAAAGAGGAACCGAAAGGAUGUACUGAAAGUUCAGAGGAUUAUGUACAUCUACUACAAAAGAGACUUCAACACAACGAGAUCGAAACCACUCGGAUCCGUUACCUCCUCAAGGAGAGAGAAGACACCAUAGAAAAAUUAAGAAUAGAAAAAGACGACCUUCAAACAAGGUUAAGUAGUGUUGCUGGAGAAAAACUAGUUAAGGGUAACCCGUCUAUUACCGAUCUUGGAGAUCCAAAUCGUCCAAUAAAAAUUGGUGAAAAAUAUGGAGAGUUAUAUGAUAAUGAAUGGACAGAUGCUAUGGAAUGCAUCAAUGACAUAAAACCGUUCUACAGGGACAGUGUACACCCAAAUUUUGAGGAAAUACUCGUACUUCAUCUUUGUAGAUUGUUAAAAAGUUGUUACCUAGAAUGCGUAUUACUAGCAGAGGAACAGAUGGAUAAGAUUGGCAAAACAAUUGCAGAAACAUUGUGUCUCAAUAUCAGUUCUAGAGAGGACAUUUGCGAUUUAUCUCUUUGCAAAGAUGUCGCAAUUCAGAGACGAUUAAGGCAGGACUACUUUGCAAAUUAUCUAUUCAAAAAUCAGAUUAUUGGCAAAACAGCGAUGAAUGCCUGGGAUUAUGCAUACAAAAGUGCAGACGUAAUUGAACUUUUAAUGAAAACACCAUUUUUUGAAAAAUGCAUAAACCUUUGUUGGUGUAUGGUGAUUCAGGAUCCUAUAAUGUAUUUAGAUGAAGAUAUAACGCAGGGCACAUCAAUUGACAAAAACACAUACAAAGAAUUUGUUAAAAGCGGAAACAAAGUCAAUUAUGUUGUCUGGCCAGCAUUGUUUUUACACAAAGACGGACCGUUGCUUUACAAAGGAAUUGUUCAAGCAUACUGGCAGUAGUUUAACAUGUGAAAAAUAUGUAUACAAAUUAUGUAAAGACAUAUCAUCAUAAUAACUAGGUUUGCCAUGGACAGAUAUGUGGAUAAUCAAAUCCUAAAAAUUGACGCCGGCUUAACUAUGAUUGUGUUCAUCAAGCUAUACUCAAAAGUUCCCUC